AUACAAUUAGCAUGUCUUCCGCCCAAGUAGAUUCACAAGUCGUUUCAGGGCAGAAAGCAGACUUGCCGCUUUCCGGGGUCCGCGUCUUGGAGAUAGGCCAAGUCAUUGCGGGACCAUUCUGUGGUCAGCUCCUCGGUCAUUUUGGCGCGGAAGUAAUCAAAGUUGAACCACCAAACGUGGGCGAUCCGCUUCGUGUCUGGCGAGAGCUAGACGUGGAUGGCGUGAGUCCUUGGUGGAGAAGCAUCGCCCGCAACAAAAAGAGUGUAACAAUCGAUAUGCGCAAGGAAGAAGGGCGGGAGUUGGUCCGCAGGCUGGCCGCAAACAGUGACGUUCUCAUUGAGAACUUCAAACCGGGCACCUUGGAAAAAUGGGGUCUUGGGCCAGGCGACCUUCGCCGCUCUAACCCGGACCUCAUCCUCACUCGCGUGAGCGGCUACGGACAAACUGGCCCGUGGUCCUCGCGCCCGGGCUACGCUUCAGUCUGCGAGGCUGAAUCCGGCUUUCGCUAUAUCAACGGUCAGCCAGACCCUGAGACUGGUGCGCUGUUUGGUCCGCCUAUCCGGCCAAAUAUCAGCCUAGGGGACUCAGUCGCAGGGUUACACGCUGCCUUCGGAACGGUGCUCGCCCUGCUGGGUAGAAACGCCAAGCGAGCGAAAGGCCAGGCUGGGGGACAGACGGUCGAUGUUAGUAUAUUUGAGAGCAUGGUCAACCUUAUGGAGGGCGUUAUUCCGGAAUACGACAGAAAGGGAAAGAUCCGCGGCCCUUCAGGCUCGUCCGUGACGGGCAUCGUACCGACAAACGCCUACCCGUGCCUACCCUCGCCCACGAACCCGUCCCAGCCGUCCUUCGUCGUCAUCGGCGCGAACGCAGACUCGAUGUACACCCGGCUCAUGACCGCUAUCGGGCGCGCAGAUCUGACCGGGCCCGACUACGCGCAGAACCACCACCGCGUCGCGCGGCAGGCCGAGAUUGAAGACGCCAUCAGCGCGUACACGCGCACGCGCACCGCCGAGGAGGUCGAGGACGUCCUGCGCGUAGCGAGCGUGCCCUGUGGGCGUGUGUUCAGCGUCAAGGAGGUCGUCGGGAACCCGCACACGGAGGCCCGCGGCCUCGUUGAGGAGGUGUGGGUCGGCGAUGAACAGAGGAAGAGCGGGUGGAUGGUCAAGAUGCCCCGGGUCGCGCCUGUGCUCGAGGGCAUCGACACGAGUACGCGCUGGGCGGGUCCAGACCUUGGUCAGCACAAUCAUGAGGUGCUCUGUGGAGAGCUGGGACUUAGCGAGACGGAGCUUCAGAAGCUGCAAGAACAGGGUAUUGUUGGGAAAUAAAGUGAGCACAUGUCUGCCUAGGUAGGAGAAGGCGUCAUUCAGCCCGUCCAAGUUCCGUGUGGUGAAGAAUAUCCCUAAACCCGACAAAGUGUUAAUUCCCUUGGCUUUUCCGUAGCCUUAUACAUAUUCUGACGAAGAUAUAGAGCUGACCCAGACCUGUCGGCACUGUUUUGAUACAAGUGAACACUU